UCAGGGCAUCAGGCCAACCGUGCGGUUUGCCAGUAUCCGUUCAUCAGCGUGAGGGCUGAGGGAGAGUUGCCUUUUCUCUCUCCCGUCAUCCCGUCUCCUCUUCUUCGUGAACUCUCUUUUCCAGAUCAGAAGAAGCUCGGACCGGCGGCGGCGGGUGACGCAGGAUCUGUUCUGGUGGCGACGUCGAACAGCACGCGGAUGGACGGCGGCGGCGGCGGCGACCUGCGGAGCGCCAUCAAGAAGUGGAACGUCAUCUACCCUGUCUACCUCAACUCCAAGAAGACGGUCGCCGAGGGCCGCCGCAUCGCCGCCGCCAAGGCCUGCCCGGACCCCACCUGCGUCGAGAUCGCCGACUGCUGUUCGCACCUCAAGAUCCCCCACGCCAUCGAGUUGGAUAAGGCGUACCCAAGGGAUUUCUUCCAGGUGGGGAGGGUCAGGGUGCAGCUCAAGAAAGAUGACGGCUCCCCCGUCAAUCCUGCUAUUAAAACAAAGAAGCAGCUGAUGAUCCAAAUAGCAGAGCUAGUUCCCAAGCACCACGGAAGGACAAAGAAGCAGGAGGCAGCAACCAGUUCUUCAGCCGGUGGCAGUUCAAAGAACACAAAAGGCGGGAAAAAGAAAAAGUGAUGGCAGUAUCAUUUUGUGUUUUUUUUUUCCUUCUGUUCGUCCUCAUACUAAGCGUCUGUGGAAGUUGUCUUUCUGAGGCCUGAAAAUCAUUGUGAGUUUUGGUGGGAUUUUGGUCCAUUUGAAAAUUUAUGUACCCAUCUUUCAUGUUAUCUUCAGAUUCAGAAGUCCACCUAACCUGAGGCAGCUGCUUGAUAGAACUUUGACUAAUCCUGCGUAGAUUCUU